AUCUCUCUCUCUAUAUAUAUAUUAAUUCCUAAAUCACAGCCAAUAUUAUCUUCAUCUCUUAAUUUCACGCAUCGUCACCUUUUUUCAUUUCCAGGAUUUUCCUCUCUUCUUUUAAUUAAAGACAUCACUACAUAUUGACACUGUUUCAAGUUUAUAGCAACCAACAAGAAACUGAUUUGCAACCAACAACAAAUCAAUUUGAAACCAACAAGAAACCAAUUUGAAACAAACAAGAAAAAAAGAAAAGAAAAAGAAGAUGGGGUUUUUGACACUGUUUGAAGUGGCAGUGAUGCCAAAUCUUCAAAUUUUAUUAAUCAGUGGAUUAGGAGCUUUCAUGUCUACUGAUUACUGUAAUCUUCUUGGUCCUGAUGCAAGAAAAUCCUUGAACAAGAUCGUUUUCAUAAUAUUUAUACCUUCUCUCAUGUUUGCUAGUCUGGCCAAAACGGUGACACUUCAAGACAUUAUUUCAUGGUGGUUUAUGCCUGUGAAUGUAGGCUUAACCUUCUUAAUUGGGGGCAUUCUUGGAUGGAUUCUGGUUAAACUACUCAAACCUGAGCCUUAUCUAGAAGGCCUUGUCAUUGCUACAUGUUCAUCAGGAAACUUAGGAAACCUUCUUCUAAUAGUGGUGCCUGCAAUCUGUAAUGAGAAAGGCAGUCCAUUCGGUGAUCGUGAAACUUGCAAGUCCGUUGGACUCUCCUAUGCUUCUUUCUCCAUGGCGCUUGGUGGUUUCUACAUCUGGACUUAUACUUACCACUUAAUACGAACUUCAGCUACCAAAUUCAAAGCAGAACAAGAAUAUGCCUCAAAACCACCCAACAACGAUUUAGAAGCUACACUUCAGACUUGCCUUCUAAAAGACGAAGAUGUUGCAGUAUUUCCGACAUCAACCAAAUCUGUCGAUGAUCAAGAAACUCUACCUAUUAUAUCACAUCUCAGCAACGGGAAAGAGGUAUUAUCAUCAUCGCCAUGCAGUAAAUUCAUAGGAAUUCUUGGUCAGUUUGUGAAGGAGCUCUUGUCACCUCCAACUAUAGCUUCCAUUCUGGGAUUCAUGUUUGGAGCAAUUACAUUCCUGAGAAACCUGAUAAUUGGGAGUGGUGCACCCUUCAGAGUGAUUCAAGAUUCAAUCAAAUUACUCGGAGAUGGAACAAUUCCUUGCAUGACACUCAUACUUGGAGGCAACCUCAUUCAAGGCUUACGUUCGUCGAGAAUAAAGGCAUGGAUAAUCGUCGGGGUGGUUCUUGUUCGAUUCGUGGUACUCCCUGCAAUCGGUAUUUGGCUUGUUAAAGCAGCAGCAACUCUCGGGUUCCUUCCUUCAGAUCCUCUCUACCAUUUUGUGCUGAUGGUUCAAUACACUCUGCCCCCUGCCAUGACUAUCGGUACCAUGACCCAGCUGUUUGAUGUGGGUCAAGAAGAGUGUUCGGUUCUCUUGCUGUGGACGUAUUUGGUAGCAGCCGUAGCAGUAACUUUCUGGUCAACAAUUUACAUGAGCAUUUUGUCCUAAACAAUACACAUUCACCUGAAAUCCCUAUUAAUUCUUUGUAUUUCAUUUUUGGAUUUGCACAGAAUAGAAAAUAGGUAGCUGGCUUAUUAUUGUUGUGGUAAUCUUAUUAGUAUAAGUGAAGCUAAUAUCUUGAAAAUAUUAAAAUUAUAAGCACAAAAUACUAUUGUUAGAAUUAAUAUUGUGUAUUAUUAGGCCUA